UUAUUAGCAAGAUUAUCAGCUGCCGAAGGAAAUUUCCUUGGUGAUUAUGCACUGGUGGAAAAUUUAGAAACUAAUAAGCGUACAGCUAUUGAAAUCGUUGAGAAAGUUGCACAAGCUAAAAUUACUGAAGUACAAAUAAAUGAAGCACGUGAACUAUACCGUCCAGCAGCAUGUCGCGCCUCAUUAUUAUAUUUCAUAUUGAAUGAGUUAAACAAAAUCAAUCCAAUGUAUCAAUUCUCAUUGAAAGCAUUUCGUAGUGUAUUUGAAGUUGCUAUGGAUAGAGCAGAAGCAGCUGAGGAUAUACAGACACGCGUAAAAAAUCUGCUUGAUUCUAUUACGUUUUCUGUUUACAUGUACACUUCGAGAGGUUUAUUUGAAAAAGACAAGUUGAUAUUUACAGCGCAAAUGGUAUUUCAAAUAAUGACCAUUUCGAAUGAAAUCAACCCAGUGGAAUUAGACUUCUUGUUAAGAUUUCCAAUCAUACCUAAUCUAACCUCACCGGUUGACUUUAUAACAAACAAUGGUUGGGGUGGUAUUAAAGCUUUGUCAAAUAUGGAGGCUUUCCGUAAUCUGGACAAAGAUAUUGAAGGUUCAGCGAAACGUUGGAAAAAGUUAGUUGAAGGUGAAACACCAGAAAAAGAGAAAUUACCACAAGAAUGGAAGAAUAAAACCCCACUGCAAAUAUUGUGCAUAUUACGUGCCCUGAGACCAGAUCGUAUGACGUAUGCGAUUACGGAGUUUGUGGGACAAAAGUUAGGCCAGAAGUACAUUGAAGGAGGUGGGUUAUCGUUUGUUAAGUCAUUUGAAGAAUCUGGUCCAACUAUACCUAUAUUCUUCAUCCUAUCACCUGGUGUUGAUCCACUGAAAGAAGUUGAAGCACUUGGGCGUAAACUUGGUUUCACUGGAGAUAAUCAAAACUUCCAUAAUGUAUCUUUAGGUCAAGGUCAAGAAAUUGUAGCAGCGAAAGCAAUGGAGUUAGCCUCAAGAGAAGGACACUGGGUUGUGCUGCAAAAUGUUCACCUAGUCGCUAAAUGGUUACCAACGCUAGAGAAGUUAAUGGAGGAGUCAGCUGAAACUGGACAUGCAGAUUAUCGGUUGUUUAUCAGUGCUGAACCAGCCGGUGAUCCAGAAUAUCAUAUUAUACCACAGGGCAUAUUGGAAAAUGCAAUUAAGAUUACAAACGAACCUCCAACUGGUAUGUUUGCUAAUUUACACAAAGCCCUGAACAAUUUCAAUCAAGACACACUUGAAAUGUGUAGUCGUGAGAAUGAAUUUAAAACAAUUCUGUUUAGCUUGUGCUAUUUCCAUGCUGUUAUCUGUGAAAGACGUAAAUUCGGUCCGCAGGGCUGGAAUCGUAUUUAUCCAUUUAAUACAGGUGACUUGACUAUCAGUGUUAGCGUGUUAUACAACUAUUUGGAGGCGAAUAGCAAAGUGCCCUGGGAAGAUUUAAGAUAUUUAUUCGGUGAUAUUAUGUACGGUGGGCAUAUUACAGAUGACUGGGAUCGGCGUCUGUGCAAAACAUACUUAGAAGAAUACUUAGUCCCUGAAAUGUUAGAUGGAGAUCACUAUUUAGCACCGAAUUUCAAAACUCCACAAAAUACCGAUUAUAAAGGUUACCACCAGUAUAUUGACGAAUUUCUACCAUCAGAAUCUCCAUAUCUCUAUGGAUUACAUCCAAACGCUGAGAUGGAAUUUCUAACAAACACAUCUGAAAAACUAUUCCGCACUGUUUUUGAAAUGCAACCUCGUGAUGCCGGUGCUGGUAGUGGUUCAGGGAUAAGUAGAGAAGAAAAACUGCAAAGUGUACUGGAUGAAAUUAUCGACAAACUGCCAGAAGAUUUUAACAUGUUAGAACUACAAGGUAAAGUGCCACCAGAAGAGCGUACACCGUAUGUUGUUGUCGCCUUCCAAGAAUGUGAACGUAUGAAUAUAUUGAUUAAAGAAAUGCGUCGGUCACUGAAAGAACUAACACUUGGUCUAAAAGGUGAACUGACUACAACCCCAGAAAUGGAAGAACUAUCCAACUCCCUUAUUAUUGACAGUGUACCAGCUCAAUGGGAGAAACGUGCCUAUCCAAGUAUGUGUCCAUUAGGUAUAUGGUAUGCCGAUAUGUUGUCAAGAGUUAAAGAAUUAGAAGCUUGGACAAACGAUUUCGCUCUGCCUAACACUGUAUGGCUGGGUGGUUUAUUUAAUCCACAGUCAUUUUUAACCGCUAUUAUGCAACAGACAGCACGAAAAAAUGAAUGGCCACUGGAUCGUAUGGUACUUCAAUGUGAUGUAACUAAAAAGACGAAAGAUGAAAUGACUGCACCGCCAAGAGAAGGUGCAUAUAUCCACGGUCUUUUCAUGGAAGGCGCUAGAUGGGAUGUACAAACUAAUAUGAUGGCCGAAGCUAGACUAAAAGAAUUAGCACCGAGUCUACCAGUUAUCUUUUUGAAGGCUAUUCCAGUUGACAGACAAGAUCUACGUAACACCUACGCCUGUCCUGUGUACAAAACAAAACAACGCGGUCCCACUUAUGUGUGGACAUUUAAUAUGAAGACUAAAGAGAAGCCAUCACGUUGGAUUAUGGGAGGUGUUGCCUUAUUACUACAGGUCUAGUAGUUUUGAGUAUUAAUAAACAAAUGAAUUGCUGACUUUCAAUAGUGACCUAUCAACUAAUGAGAUCAUGUGAACUUUGAAAGUUUCCAAUCAUGUCAUUUAUGUGUAAUCCCAUCCCUUUCCCACCCCCAACCCCACCCUUGUUAAUUACUUUCAUAAAAAGUACUAGCCAAUGAUUAUCUGAACAAUGUUGAUUGUGCUUCCUCGAUCUGUUGUAAUAACUACUUUCCACAUUUACUUUUAUAAAUGAAGUUAGGCUAUUAUUAUUAACAUCAUGC